AUGAAAGGUUUCAGGCAGAGAGUGCACGAGCAGUUAUCGAGGGCGAAAGAUAGUAACAAAUCGUCCAAGAAAAAAGAUGCGAAUAAUUCGGGCACUGCAUCACCGCUGUCAUCAUCCACUACGCUCCCCGGUAGUGAUUCGAGAUCCCCCAACAGUUCCAACACCGCAACUCCGACGUCUUCGUCAACGAAUCUGAAUGAUCUCCGAAAUAAGAGUGGGAAUCAUGAGAGCACCAAUACCAGCCACACCACCACCCAACACCAUGCUGGCUCUGCAACAGGGUCAGGUUCGCUGGCUUCUCAUUUCAUGUCGCAAGGCUCUGGUCAUGGACCGGGUGGACCUGGAACAGCCCCGGGCCGACAUCACAUUGCUCCAAGCGUUAUCAUCAGUCCAAGUGCUCCUCACAUUCCUGGACCUGGUGCGACUGAAACGAUGCCUGGCGACCUGGCGCCCCCCAAGGCCGGCCAAAAGUCCCUCCUCUUCGAUCGAUUGCAGAGUACCCCAAAAGAUGUGCCCGAGGGUGUCCGAACUCCCAAGAGACAGCAUUCAUCACGGUUUGAUGUAUCGGACCAAAGAGCUCGUGACCUAGAGAAAUUGCCCGGCUUCCAUGAAGUCCCUCCUAACCGAAGACAAGAGUUGUUCAUGCAGAAAAUUGAUCAAUGUAAUAUCAUCUUCGACUUCAAUGAUCAGACCGCCGACAUGAAAUCAAAAGAAAUCAAGAGACUCGCCCUCCACGAACUUCUGGACUACGUUGCCAACAACAGGUCGGUGAUAACCGAACCGAUGUAUCCGAAAGUUGUCGAAAUGUUCAGCAAGAACCUAUUCCGCCCCGUUCCUCCUCCUGUCAAUCCACAGGGUGAAGCAUUUGAUCCCGAGGAAGAUGAACCGGUCCUGGAAGUUGCUUGGCCUCACAUCCAAGUUGUCUACGAGUUUUUCUUGCGUUUCAUUGAAAGCCAAGACUUCAACACAAACAUUGCCAAAGCUUACAUUGAUCAUCAUUUUGUCCUUCAGUUACUGGAGCUGUUUGACUCGGAAGAUCCCCGGGAAAGAGACUUCCUCAAGACGACGCUCCACCGCAUUUACGGCAAAUUCUUAAAUCUUCGGUCCUACAUUCGCAGAUCCAUCAACAAUGUCUUUUUCCAGUUUACCUAUGAGACCGAGAGGUUCAACGGCAUAGCCGAACUUCUCGAAAUUCUUGGUUCAAUCAUCAAUGGCUUUGCUCUCCCACUCAAAGAAGAGCAUAAGCUGUUUUUGACCAGAGUACUCAUUCCUCUUCACAAAGUGAAGAGUUUGAGCAUGUAUCAUCCUCAGUUGGCAUAUUGUAUCGUGCAGUUCCUAGAGAAAGACGCAGCGCUGACAGAAGAAGUUGUGCUUGGUCUACUACGCUACUGGCCGAAAGUUAACAGCACCAAGGAAGUCAUGUUCUUGAACGAGGUCGAGGACAUUUUUGAGGUUAUGGAUCCACAAGAAUUUGCAAAGGUCCAAGAGCCUCUCUUCAACCAGUUGGCCAAAUCCGUGGCGAGUCCUCACUUCCAGGUUGCGGAGCGUGCACUAUACUUCUGGAACAACGAAUAUUUCUGCAAUCUCGUCAGUGACAACGUCGAAACCAUCCUCCCGAUCAUGUUUGCCCCAUUGUAUGAGAAUUCAAAGGGUCAUUGGAACCGCACAAUACAUGGCAUGGUUUACAAUGCAAUGAAACUUUUCAUGGAGAUCAAUCCUCAACUUUUCGACGAAUGUUCGCAUGAUUACAAUGAAAUGCAGAACACUGCUGCUCAACGAGAAAAGGCACGCGAGGCGAAGUGGGAGAAGCUCACCGAGCAGGCAAACCGUAUGAAGGCCGGAUUGGCAAAGCCCCCGACAACUCCAAGCAUCAAGGAAGUGCCAGAGACAGAUGCCGCACAGGACAACCAAGAGAGGCUAGAUGCUCUCAAGUUGCAUGAUGAGUCAUCGUCAAGCAAGCCAUCGUCGGUAAGCCCGUAUCUGCUUUGCACCACGCGACCCAGCGAUACCCUCGUUACCACCUUGUUAUCUCCAUUUUGGCUAAGACAUUCUUUUAUCAUUAUAGUGACGUUGAUGGCUGUUUCUGACAUGGCUUUGGAAUCUCCAGAGGCGACGCGCAGACUCACAUGGGCAGACUAG